ACCAAAAACAUUUUGCCACGUCAUCAACUCCACCUAACUAUGCCGUUCAACAAAUUUCCCUCCAAACGACGCCGUUGAGCAAAUUUCCCUCCUAUUUAAUCCAAAGCUUAACCGCUCUUAACCAAUUUCAGUUCCAAAUUCCAAUAAUCGCUUUCUCUUUCUGUUUUCAUUCAAGUUUCAGAAUCCAAAUUCAUACGGUUUUGUAGCUGAAAUUAGGGUUUCAAAAAUGCCUGCUGAGAAUUGGGACGGUGAAGGCGAAGCAUUCGUGGAAACCGAUCCAACCGGAAGAUUCGGCCGUUACAGUGAUUUACUAGGCUACGGUGCUGUGAAGAAAGUUUACAGAGGUUUUGAUCAAGAAGAAGGGAUUGAAGUUGCAUGGAACCAAGUUCGUCUUCGGAACUUCAGCAACGAUCCUGUUUUGAUCAAUCGGCUUCAUUCUGAAGUUGAAUUGCUCAGGAAUUUAAGCAACAAGUUCAUCAUUGUUUGUUAUAGUGUUUGGAAAGACGAUGAUCGCGGUAAUAUCAAUUUUAUUACUGAGGUUUGCACGUCGGGGAAUCUUAGGGAUUAUCGGAAGAAGCAUCGGCAUGUUUCGAUUAAGGCAUUUAAGAAAUGGUCGAAGCAAGUUCUUGAGGGAUUGGAGUAUCUUCAUACGCAUGAUCCUUGCAUUAUUCAUAGGGAUCUUAAUUGCAGUAACAUCUUUGUUAAUGGAAACAUUGGUCAGGUGAAAAUUGGUGAUCUGGGAUUGGCUGCCAUAGUGGGAAGAAGCCAUGCAGCACAUUCAAUUUUAGGGACUCCUGAGUAUAUGGCACCGGAGCUGUAUGAGGAAGAUUACACUGAGAUGGUGGACAUAUACUCUUUUGGAAUGUGUUUGCUAGAAAUGGUUACAAUGGAGAUACCAUACAGUGAAUGUGACAGUGUAGCCAAGAUAUACAAAAAGGUCACAAUGGGAAUCAAGCCUCAAGCCUUGAGCAAUGUCAGAGAUCCAGAAGUGAAAGCGUUCAUCGAGAAAUGCAUAGCACAGCCAAGAGCAAGACCUUCAGCCACUGAUCUUCUUCAGGAUCCUUUCUUUUUUGAACUCAACAAUGGUGAAGAAUCAACAACAUCUAUCACUUGAGUUCCUUCAUUCACACCUAUUCAUUUGUUGUCACCCUUAUGUCAACUAUAUACCUUUUACUUCCAAUUACUAUCUUACUUUCAACUGGAUCGAGUUCUGUGCAAUCACAAACAUCUCUCUUGUCUGAUCAAGAUCAGACAAUUCACAUUUCAGGUUUAGUAUCUCAGAUUUCAAACAAAUCAAGAUUUGUUUUAAAAUCUGAACCGUCUCAUCUUAAUCAGACAACUGAGAUGCGUGGUAAUCCAAAUUCCUUACAACUAUACCAUACCAGUAUCCACAAUUGACUGGUUAGUACAUGCAUUUCAACUACAUUUUCAUUUCACUAUAGUAAUGUACAUAAUCUCAUAAAUGGAUUGAACAAUAUCUGUAUUAAGUAUAGACUUUUAGUUUCACUAUAGCUGUAAUGUGCAUACUUCAUAAUGGUAGUGUUAAAACCUACUUAAUGAUA